UGGUCCAUGCCAUGUUAACUUUAUAUCAACUCUGUCCGCAGCAGCUGUGCCUCGCAGCCAUGUCCUUUGCUGUAGAAAGACUGUUUGUGACUAUGUUCAAUGUUGUGUAAACAAUUGUGUCCUUCUCCAGUUUUAAAAAUCACUUACAACGACUGACAUGUGAGGUACUAGUGACUGAUUAAUGAUAAGGUUAUGUUCUCUCUCUCUCUCUCUCUGUCUCUCUCUCUCUCCGUAAAGUUGUAAUGAAGACCUAAAGAAAAAAGAGAGAGAGAGAGAGAAAAGAGCUAUGAAGCUGAUUUCCUGGUUAAAGUUCCAGUCCAUGCCAGAAAUGAUACGCAGAGCUUGAACUGCUAGAGCCAAACCGCACCGAGCAGUAGGAGAGUCGCAGUCAUUCCCAUCAAAGCCUCACGAGUCACAACAUGAGUCACAGACCAAGUCUGACAGGUCCCCCUGUCCAGCAGCAGGAGGAGCAGAUGGACUGCGGUGCUGUAACCACUGACCCAAGUGAUGAUGCCGCUUUGUCACAGGAUGCAUUAAAUGGGGAGGAGGAUUUGAGUGAGGAGGAGAAGGUCAGACGGAAGGCAGAGCGACGCAAAGCCAAGAGGAAGCGCCGUCGUAAACGUAAGAAGCAGGAGCAGGUAAAGCAAAAUGAGAGUGCUGAACAGGAUGAUGAAGAUGAGGAUGGAGGUGCAGAGUCUGAACUGGAUGAAAGCGAGUCAGAAGCAGAAGUUGGUGCUGAAGAGGAGAAGGAGGAGGCAAAAUCAUCAGCCUCACACAAAUACGGUGCCACUCCAGUCAUGGGCCCUACAGGAAUCAAAGGUCAUCAGAAAUGCCAAGCCAGAUCCACUGAAGAGGAGCCUGAGUGGGAUGAGAGCAGUGCCUUCUUUGCUAAUGCUGCUAGCCAUAUCAAACCCAAAGGAUCAAGUCGCAAGUCCAAAGAAAACAAGGAGAACGAGGCCAGGAGAGAGACAAAUGGAACUGACAGCAUAACCAAGAAAAGCACAUCACUGACAGAAAAAGGGAUAAAGCUGGUGCAAGAGGGGCAGUAUGCACAAGCAGUCGUUAUGUUUACAGAAGCCAUCAAAUGUGAUCCAAAAGAUAACAGGUUCUUUGGGAAUCGGUCCUAUUGCUAUUACUGCUUGGAGCAGUACCCUCAGGCCCUGGCAGAUGCUGAACGCUCCAUUCAGCUGGCCCCAGACUGGUCCAAAGGACAUUUCCGCAAGGGCAGUGCUCUCAUGGGCAUGAAGCGGUACAGUGAGGCAGAGAAGGCUAUGGAGCAGGUGCUAAAACUGGACAAAGACUGUGAGGAGGCUGUCCAUGACCUCUUCAACUGUAAAGUGCUGCAGUUGAUGGAGCUUGGUUUUGAAGAAAUGCAAAGCGUCCAACUGCUGGAGAAAUUUUCAACUGUGCAGGCAGUCCAGGCAGCUUGUUUGGAUGCUGCCAGGGCUGGGAGCCAAGAUCCAUCAGUUGCGCAACCAGGAAGCCCUUGCCCAUCUCUGUGGGUAGGAAAUGUGACGACUGAGCUAACUGAGAAACACCUAUGGGACCUUUUUAAAAUGCAUGGUGAGAUAGAAAGUAUCCGUGUGCUGCAUGAGAGAUUCUGUGCCUUUGUCAACUUCAAGAAUGCAAACAUGGCAGCUCGUGCCAUGGAGAAACUAAAUGGUUAUUGUAUUGAGAACACACGUUUAGUGGUGCGCUAUCCUGACCGUCGCACUCAGAGGGUCCUUCCCAUUCCCCUUAAGACCUCUCUCCCUGUCACACAGCAGGCAGGGGCAGCUGCUGGACCUCGACGACGUGGCCCAGUGAAUGGAGAUGAGUGUUACUUCUGGAGAACCACUGGCUGCCAUUUUGGGGACAAAUGUCGCUACAAACACAUUCCUGAUCAGAAAGGCAAGGACAGAAAGCCCUGGCAGCCUUGAACUCAGGCUACUGUCUGCCUCAGUAGUGUGCAGGAAGCUGGGAUACACAGACUGAGCCAAAGGAGCCGGUACACAUGGACCAGGUUCUCUGGGCUAAAAAUAUUAACUUUGGCAGAAUGGACCAGAAUAGUCAAAGGAUGAGAGCCAACACUCGGGCUCUAAGGCUGGGAUAGUCACACAUGUGCCACCAAGGACUGGGAGUACGAAGGUUUUUAUUUCAACCAAAGACUAUAAUGGAUGAUAUGGCUCAAUAGUACAACAUUAACCAGGAGGAGGGACAAAAUCACCUGGCGUAGUCUUUGCUUUGGAUGAAAACCUUCAUAUUUGUAGCCAUACAUGGUACAUGGUGACCUAUUCCUGCUUUAAGGGAUACAACCUAACCUCACAGGCCUACAACAGAAUGGGGAAGUCAAAGUGCCUGGGUUCACUGUUGAAAAAAAAAAAUUGCUCUGUCAUGUAAAGAAGUAAUGAAAGGACUCGAAUUGGAUUUUUCAGGCCAAGCUUCUUCAGUGUUGAUCCACUUGACCUUCCUUCUUUAGAAAUUCCAUCACAAAGCAGUGUUCCUCCCUAUUUUUAAAGUACAGUAAUUUGAUCAUUACUCUAAUUUGCAGUUUGUGAACCUGAUUUUUAACAGUUUAGGUUUAUCCAUGGUUCACAACUGCUCACAUCAGGCUGUGGUUCAUACAAGGGCUCCAUUUCCUAUUUUUUUUUUCCUGUGCCAAUAUCAGCACAUUUUCCAAGAGACCAAAGACUUUCUAACAGACGUACUUACAAUUUCAGUACCUCCCCUAUGCAGAUGAGUUCUUCUUUUUGCCAAUAAGCUACAGAGACCCAGAGAGGUGCCUCUAAACUGUGUUAUGUAGCCUUAGUUAAGAUGAUCAUACUUGGGUAAUUGGACAUAACACCCACAAACUGAACUUGAGGGAUUGCAGGAUUGUAUGUAUUAAUGCAUGGAUUAGGUGUAUAUCUCACUUUAUUUGCUUACGGGCUGCCCUAUCGUUGAAAGAUUGAAUACACAGACUUCAUGUCUGUUAAGUUGUUGUGACAAGUUAUGGAGGACUCAUUGUCCUUUAUAACAAUACUUGUAGGGUGUAGAAAAAGCAAUAGAAACACCUGACAAUAUCGUGCAAUGCAGCAGAUGAAUACUACCUUUAUGAAGGCUGUAGUUUUCACUUCACUUUGGUGAGACUCUGUCAGAGAGGUGUUGUUUUAACCCUAUGGCAAUUUUGCGGUCACAGUUUUCGGUUAUGUUGUAUUGGAUUGUAUAAAACGUCAGGUGUGAGGUUCUUCCCUUCUCCCUGUUUUGUGGACUAGAGAGGAAAGCUAGUAGAGGCACUGAUCUGGGUACCCAAUGCAAAAAAUUACUGUCUUCAUUCAUUCAUUUUAUCUUAGCAUUAGAAUAUGCAAUAUGCUUUCUUAGUACAUUUUCAUAGCAAACAUCACAGUGUUGUAUGUCUAUGCAAAAGAAAAGUGCCAACUUGAUUGUUAGUUCUGUGUCAGACAUACACACAUCCAUGUCUAUGACAGGCGUGGCGAUGUCACUGAUAGUAUGCUAUAGGACAGUGCCUUGCAAAAAUCUAUGCCUAGUCAUGUGCACACACACAUUCAUGGCCAUGUGUGUUACAUGAUCCACUAACAGAACUUUUGAACCUUGAAAAGCAGUGUUUUUGACCUUACGGCCUCCAUUUCAGUAUUUCAGUGAACCAAAGAAUGCCUCAUCUGAUGGCUCCGCACUGAAAACGCCUCAUUCUUUCAUGAGUUUCAACACUAGACAGUGCAUUAAAACCUACUGUCAUGUGUUUGUAUCAUCCACUAGACAACUGUCACGGCUGCAACACCUGGUUGAAGUCCACACUACAUUCGCUUGUAAACUAUGCACAGCAUAGUGAAAGUAUUUAUUGUCUUAUUUAUACUAAGUUUUUUUUUUUUUUUUUAACACCAUACCCUGGGAGCUGAAUGCAGCUUUUAAAUUAGUGACCUUUUUUGUCUUUUACUAUAUGGUAGGUGAAUGAAAAGUCCACUUUUCUGCUUAUUUCUGGCAUUAUUAAAAAACAUUUGGUGCAAAUACUGUCACAUGCUGCACUUCUGCUUUUCUCAUUACUUUAUGUCUUGUGGCUAAAACUUGUGAAAAAGGAAUUGGACACCAAACCUUUACACUGCACUUGCUGAUUUAACUUGUUUCUUAUUUGAUUGUUGUUGUUAACCAUGGCUGCUCGGUGCAUUUAAUUUGCAGACUUGAUAUACAUUGGAUAUAACCAUGGGAUAUUCUAAUUUCAUUUUAUGGAUAUUUCAGAUUGGAUGAAAGAUUCCCCUGGGUUUAACAUCAGUUAUUUGGUGUGUCUUUAGUCUUUUACCCACGUUCAAACUAUUUCAGAAAAAUGCAUUUUUAAUCAUUAUGUACACAUUGAUAACCAGAGCGCUGCAAUUCUGUUAAUCCCCCAGAUAUUUUGUAUUGUCGCACUGCAAAAGAGAGUAUUUUAUAUUUAAUAAACGAACCACCUGUACCACCUGCUUCUGAGUCCAUACAUGUGUAAUGGCACAACCUGAGGAAAAAAUGUCUGAUGUAUGCAGGUACUAAUUUCUUGCAGUGUUAUGUGGUUUUCCUGACUUCCACAAGGCGGCAGUGUUGCACUUGAUAAGUUGGUGACAUUGUCAGUGAAAACCUAACAAGCUUAAUUCAUGUAUCAUCUUUUUUGAUCUUUAGGAACCAAGACAUUGCUCUAAAUUAUUCCUCAUGCUCAAAACCCUGAAGAAGUAAAUC